AUGGCAAUGAGCCUGAGAUGGCCCACCAUCAGGCACAAAACUAGCAGCAUUGAUACUAGCUGCUGCAAACGCCAGCACCGAGACAUUGUUUAUGUGGUGCGCGAUGGUGCGGCUUUUGGGACUAGUGAGAAUGCUCUUCGUGCUUAUGUAGCAUCCAAGCGUGCAGUGGUAGGGCUUACGAAGAAUCUGUGCAUCGAAUUGGGGCAGCAUAGAAUGAGAAUGAAUUGCAUUUCUCCUUUGCUGUGGCUGCCGAGUAUUCACGAAGACUCACGCACAAAUCAAUUCAAAUUUUCAAAAUCAAAAUCUCCAUUACCUAUUUACCUGGAGCAGCUGAGGCGCCGUCGCGCCGAGCACGAGCAGAGACCAGUUCCUUUUUUGUUGCUGUGGAUAGGCUGUGGGCUGUCCCUGAUUUUUUCUGGCUGGACUUCGACAGUUCGGCAGUUCCCAAUCCCAGGACCAAAAGAAGUGGAGGGAGCCACAGAUCCUAUUGAGGCAGAGGAAGAGGAAUAG